AUGUCUGUGGUCUUAAAAAAUAUACCUCCUCAAUGCCAGGAAGAUGACCUUCGCCGUGCGUUGCUCAUCUAUGGCACAGCUAUAAGCACAGCGAUUUCCCCUCAUAUGCGUCAGGCAACUGUAACAAUGCGAACUCCGCAAGAGGCUCGGUCUCUUCUUCAUCAAGGAUGUAUCAAUCUUUUUGGCCAAACUGUGACGGUAGAGUCAGCACCUUAUGGCAGCAAUGGUGGCUCACCAGCAAUGAUGACCCCGCAUCUUGGUGCAACACGAAUCAAUGUUGUUGUGGAAAAAUGUACCUAUCCCGUGACAAAGGAAAUAUUGACACAAGUUUUUGGGAUGGUGGCUCCACCUUUAAAUGUCAUUUGUGGUCCUUCAGGCCCCACCACAACAGGCUGGGUUGAUUAUUCCGAUGCCACCACAGCUCGUCGGGUGAUGCAACAGCUGAAUAAGAAUUCGAUUUAUCCCGAAUGCUGUUUUAUGUCUUUAACACUUGAUCGUGGCGGUGUUGGUGUUCCCACGAUGGGAGGGUAUGCUACUUCCCCAAUGUCGUAUCCAAAGAAACAAGCUCCUCAGCAAUCACCAUUGCAGCCGCAGCAACCGAUGCCAUUUGGUCAUGCAAACUAUGGGGCCAUGCCUGGUGCUCUAAUGCCGAGAGGGGGGAUGGGUGGCCGUGGACGCGGGCGUGGUGGUGGAAUGGGGCGCUACGGCCUCCCAUAUGCCGUCAAUGGACACAUGGCACAUCCUCCAUACGCUGCCGCCGGUGCCCCGUACGCCCAGCCUCCCACGGAUGCUGUGGUAAUUGUCAGCAACAUGCCAGAGACGGUUGCCCUUCAUGAUUUGUGGGUUCUCCUUGAAGUAUACGGCAAUGUGAAUUCACUCAAGCGCCAAUUCAGUUCAAAGAGUACCGUUGUUGCACACUUUCAGAAUGUCUACGACGCUCGUCUUGCUGUUCAGUAUCUUCAGGGAUGCCCAUUUCAUGGUGCUACCCUUUCACUGAAGCAUUUUGCUGGUUACGUAGAACGUGGUGGAAGGACCGAGUGGAACAGUGGCCCAGCAACGGACCCUGCUACACACGCUGUACUUUUUUCAAGCGGGUACCAUCAUCGAACAAAGCCUACAGCAGCUUUUAACCCUACAGGGCGCGUCCGCCCAGGAAAAAAUUUGUUUAUUUCCAACCUCACUGAAGCCAUUACGGAUGAGGAUAUCAAGGAGGUGUUCACCAAGGCUGGAUUUGAACUUGAUGGCUAUUACCGUAAGAAUUCAACAGUUGCCAUUGUUAGCUUGAGGGAUAUAGAAACCGCAGUACAGGCUCUUAUCGUGGUGCACUCCCAUCAGCUGAAGGAACGCUUUCUACGUGUGACAUUUUCUCACUUCCCACCAGGCCCUCGCAGCAACGGUGAUGAGGAAGGCGAAGUUCCUGCAGUUGAGCUGAAGGAAGCUGUUGCGGAGAACCCACCCAUUGAAGAAUGA